CGUUUUUGCUGGCUGUCCAUCCACCUGCGCCAUGCUGUCCCGCGCCGCUGUCCUUCAUCGCCGCUUCGCGACGGCCGUCCGCUUCCACGCGCAAGGCGUGCCCACGGAAGUCCUCAAGGUCGAGGAUGUUGGCCUUUUGCCCAAGACGCUCGGCCAGCACGAAGUCGCGCUCAAGUUCUUGGCCGCGCCCGUGAACCCCGCCGACCUGAGCAUGGUCACGGGUGGCUACGGCAUCAAGGCCGCGUUGCCCGCCAUUGGCGGUAACGAGGGUGUCGCCCGCGUCACGGCGGUCGGCCAGGCCGUUUCGACGCUCAAGGUCGGCGACCGCGUCAUCCCUGCCGUUGCUGGCUUUGGCACGUGGCGCACGGAGGCUGUUGCCAAGGAAGCGGAGGUGCUUGUCGUGCCCGAGUCGAUCCCUGUCGAAUACGCGGCCACGUUGGCGGUGAACCCGUGCACGGCGUACCGCCUCUUGGCCGACUUUGCCAAGCUUACGAAGGGCGACGUCAUCAUCCAGAACGGCGCCAACUCGGCUGUCGGCCAGGCCGUGAUCCAGCUCGCGGCCCUCCGCGGCAUCCAGACCAUCAACGUCAUCCGCGAGGACACGGACUACGCCGAGACGGUCGAGCACCUCAAGGGCUUGGGCGCCACGGUCGUCGUCGCCGACCACUACCUCGGCUCGGCCGACUUUAAGCGCCUCAUUGCGGACCUCCCCGCGCCCAAGGCUGCCUUCAACUGCGUCGGCGGCCAGAACGGCCUCGAGAUCACCAAGGUCCUGGCCAAGGGCGGCGUCGCUGUCACGUACGGCGGCAUGGCCCGCGAGCCCGUCAUGACGUCGACGACCGCGCUUGUCUUCAACGACAUUUCGCUCCGCGGCUUUUGGAUGACGGAGUGGUCCAAGCACGCGCCCGUGGAGGAGCGCAAGGCCAUGCUCAAGGAACUGGCAGACUUGAUGGCCCAGGGCAAGCUGCGCACGUGGGUCGAGACGCACCCGUUCAGCGACUUUGACGGCGCCUUGGAGAAGGUCGUGAACCGGUCGACGAAGCGCAAGGUCGUCUUGUUGAUGGAGUAAGUAGCCAUGAACGCGAUUCCUGCGAAGAAGAAAACCGAGACGUGUCACCAAUAUACCAUCAUGACGUUGAUUUGCUUCC